AUGCUGUCAGAAAGUGCCGGCGAUGAUGAGAGUGCAGGCACUGUUCCAUAUGGUGAUGGCCCCGAAUAUUGGGACAUGCGGUACAAAGCUGAUCCAGAGCCGUUUGAGUGGCUUCGCAGCUAUGCCGACCUCAAAAGUUGGAUCCGGGAGGCGAGUGGUCACAACACUUCGGCGGAUGUCCUCCAUUUGGGUUGUGGAAACAGCCUCCUGACAGAGGACAUGUAUGAUGAUGGUUACCACAACAUCAUCAACGUUGAUAAUUCAGAAGUGGUUAUAUCGCAGAUGAUGGCCAGAAACAUGAAGAGGCCACAAAUGCUAUGGUUGCAGAUGGACGCUUUGGACUUGUCAUUACCUGAUAAUGGCUUCGAUCUCGUCCUUGACAAGAGCCUCAUUGACACCUUUGCUUGCGCAGAUGUUGAAAACAUCAUGAUUUAUUUGAUGCAGGUGUCCCGCGUUUUGCGGGAAGGUGGACGUUUCAUGGCGAUUUCCUAUGGUGCUCCCGACACGCGCUUGGAGUUCCUGACGCUGAAACAUCUGAGGUUUGAGGUUCAGGUGGUCAACCUCCCUCCCAACGACUCGAGCAAAGUUCACUAUUUGUACAUAUGCAGAAAAGUGCCGAAGAAGCCUGCUUCGGCCGCAAACUCUUAG